CUUUCACUUUUCUUUCCCAUUGGGGUGGAGCUUUCUCAGGGUGAGUCGAACCACAGACUUCCUGCUAGGCCCCGACAGUCAUACUGGACACAGGCCCAGGGGAAAGGCAAGAUCCCAAGUGGAGCUCUGGGCCCAGGCAGGGCCAGUGACAGGGAGAUGGCAAGCGGGGGUGAUGAUCCCAAGGCCAGGAUGUCUGUAGAAGACCAGAACAAAGAAGAGAGGUGUCUCUGUCAGUUUAUAUUCCGUCACUUCCAAAAGUAUAAGGUGGAGAUUUCACAUGCAAUAAAAAAAACAUUUCCUUUCCUUGAGGGCCUCCGAGACCGUGGCUUUAUCACCCAAAAAAUGUUUGAAGACUCUGAAGAAUCUUGUAGAAACCUGGUCCCUGUGGAAAAAGUGGUGUACAAUAUCCUCAAAGAACUGGAGAAGACAUUUGACCUGACACUUUUGGAGGCGCUGUUCAGCGAGGUUAACAUGAAGGAGUACCCCGGCUUAACGCGUGUGUAUAAAAGCUUUGAAAAGGCAGUUCAGUGCAAUUUUUUUCUCCGUCAAAGUGAUGAACAAAGUGACAAGGAGGAAUGCCCCAGCAUCCAGCCACGCCUGGAACAAGAGUCCUGUCUGCAAGCAGCUCUCCGAGAGAAUAAUGGAGAUGCAAGAGAAGAGAUGCCCGGCCCAUCACCCUGUGGUGAAAAAAAGGCACAGCUAUCCAGACAUGAAAUCCAGAUGACUUCCUGUACUGUGCAUCCAGUGGAUAUAAAGAAAGAAAAACCAGAUGGAGUUGAGUGGGGAGCCCAAGCAAGGACUAAUCGUAAGCAGACCUCUGACAUAAUAGUGAUCAGCAGUGAGGACUCGGUAGAAUCCGAUGUUGAAGAUGAGCCUUCAGAACCCUCCACCUCAGCACUGAUAUGUGAGCCAGCACCCAAGGAUUUCAGGAGAACACCUACAUUCAGAAAAAACAUUAGGAAAAGAGGAUUUUCUUCUGCAUUGGUUCCUCUGUCGUACACUGAGGACUCCAAGGGACAUUUGCUCCUUUCUGCAGUGAUGGAACAUGACGACUCUGCAGAAUCCAGCAAGGAGGAGGAAGAGGAGAAGGAGGAGGGUCCCUGGAAAGCCUGGAGCUCUGCACCGAGUCAGGGACCUGCUAAGGAGGAUCCUGUGGAUACUGGAAAGAAACCCAUUCGGGGGAAAUGCAAUAAAAAACGAUUCCAAUGCAGUCUGUUUUGCCAUGAAAGUGAUGAACAAAGUGACAAGGAGGAAUGCCCUAGCAUCCAGCCACGCCUGAAACAGGAGUCCUCUUUGCAAGCAUCUCUCCAAGAGAAUAAUGGAGAUGCAAGAGGAAAGACGCCCAGCCCAUCACCCUCUGAUGAAAAAAAGGCACAGCUAUCCAGAUAUGAAAUCCAGAUGACGCCCUGUACUGUGCAUCUGGUGGAUAUAAAGAAAGAAAAGCCAGAUGAAGCUGAGUGGGGAGCCCAAGCAAGGACUAACUGUCGCCUGGCCUCUGACGUAAUAGUGAUCAGCAGUGACGGCUCAGUAGAAUCCAGUGAUGAAGAUGAGCCCCCAGAAACCCCCACCUCAGUGCUGACAAGUGAGCUAGCAACCGAGGAUUUCAGGAAAACACCUACAUUCAGAAAAAACAUUAGGAAAAGAGGAUUUUCUUCUGCAUUGGUUCCUCUGUCGUACACUGAGGACUCCAAGGGACAUUUGCUCCUUUCUGCAGUGAUGGAACAUGACGACUCUGCAGAAUCCAGCAAGGAGCAGGAGGAGGAGGAGGUGGAGGAGGAGGGUUCCUGGGAAGGCUGGAGCUCUGGACCGAGUCCUGGGCCUGCUGAGGAAGAUCCUGUGAAUACUGGAAACAGACCUAUUUGGGAGAAAUGCAAUAGGGAAAAAUGGAUCAUUCCUGAUGAUGUUUCAGAAUUGAGUGAUGGAGAAGGGCCCCAGGACACCUUUAGCUCAUCACCAAGUGGGUCAGGAACAGAGCUACUGGGAACUGAAAUUGAGAAGUGCUUCUGUGUGAUGUGUUCCUCAAAAGGUGUGUCAGAAGCCCAGGAAGCAAGAGUUGGAAGCAGCCAAGAGCCUGACAUGAAAGAUACCACAGAUACUGGAAAUAAUCCUACUUCGAGAAAACGUAGUAGGAAAAGAAGGAGAAAGGGAGGCAGGCCUAGAAUCCCCGUACUUCAGAGACUCAGAGUUCCAUGGAAGAGUGUCCAUUCAAGAGGGAGAAAAAGAGCCAACACUGCUCCUUUGAGAAAAAGCAAAACAAGAGGUCAAAGAAUUCCCAGAGAUAAAAAUAUGAAUUUUCAUUCUCCUGAACUUCCUGUGACCUGUGGUGAAGUGAAGGGGAUAUUAUAUAAGGAGAUAUUUAAACAAGGAGUCUCGGAGAAGAGUAUACAAAGUGAGGAUGGAGAGUGGUACACUCCCAGGGAAUUUGAAAUCAAAGGAGGCCAUGAAAGAUCAAAGAACUGGAAGCUGAGUUUGCACUGUCGUGGAUGGCCCCUGAGGGUCCUGAUAGAGGAAGGAUAUCUACCAUACCUACCAGGACCAACGAAAAAGAGAAAACUGAACUCUCUCAACAAUGACUUUAUUGAUCCAUAUCCCGAAAACUCAAAUGAAUGUGAGGUGUGCAGGAAUAGAGGCCGGCUGUUCUGCUGUGAUACCUGUUCAAGAUCCUUUCAUGAGGAUUGUCACAUCCCGCCCGUGGAAACAGAGAGGGACCCGUGGAGCUGCAUUUUUUGCAGAAUAAAGGAUACUCAGGAGAGGUGCCCAGAAAUCCAGCUGUGUCAUCAGGAGUCUGAGGUCCUGAAGAGGCAGAUGCUGCCUGCAGAACAGGUGAAAUGCGAGUUUCUCCUCUUGAAGAUUUAUUGCUGUCCAAAAAAUUCCUUUUUUGCCAACAAAACACUUACAUGUGGCCCAGAGAAACCUAUGUGGUUAAAUUUAAUCAAGGAAAAGCUGAGGGAGAAGAAUUACUGCACAGUAGAAGGGUUUGUGCAGGACAUGCGCCUCAUCUUUCAGAACCACAAGAUAUUUUGCAGGAACGUUGAGUACAUCCCGCUGGGACUUCAACUAGAGGAAAAAUUUGAAGAGGAUUUCAGAAACAUUUUUGCAAUUCAGGAAAGAAGCGAGAACAUUUCCAGUUUGGAGUCACUCUGUUAACGUAGCCAGUUUCUAUUUCCCCCUUUCAGCUGUGGCUGCUGUGCCUGUCCCGAUGCAAACACCAACGUAUAACAUUUCUUUUCAAACCCUUUCUUGUUGCCAUUCAUUUGCUUUUCCAAAUCAAAAUUUAAAUUGUCAAGUUAUUUUAUUAAUUAAUUUGGAGUGAAAUUUAUUAUUAAAAAUAUUGAGUCUUUC